GCUCACCGAGUAGGUUGCCGGCAACCUCGCUCUCUUUUGAAACGACUCACGUUCCUCCUUCGUAACGAUCCCAGUGCAUACAAGACAUCAUGCGCUACUCUACACUGGCCUCUACUGUUCUUUUGGCGGUGGCCACAGCUCCCGCGCUUGCUCACCCGAUCACCAAUCGCGCGACCGAGGAUGCCUCCAUGGUUGAGCGUGAGCUCCAAGACGCCCUGAUGGAGCGCGGCUACUACUACGACCUCCUCUCUCGGGACCUCGAAGCACGUAAAACCGCUGAGGACGCACCGCCGAAGCCGCACGCUGCGAGUGUCCAGAGCCAGAGGGACCAGGAGAACCACCGGCUGCUCAGAGAGGCGCACGCGAAUCUGCAGAUACCGAGGCCGGGCGGGCCUUGGUCCGGGCCUCCGCCUGGUCCGUCCCAUCCGCCUCAUCCGCCUCAUCCGAACGGUGGCUCAGGGCCACCGGUGGUUCGAGGCAGAACGGCGGCGCCGGGCACGGGGCGCGAGGCCAGCACCAUCGCCGGGAGUAUGACCUCGACGGCGAGCUGUUCGGGCGCGGCUUCGAGGUAGAUGAACUUGACUGAGCGGACGUAGCAUGAUCGUGGGGCUGAUGCGAUGCAUAUUCGCCUGUCGUACGCAUCGUGUA